AUGGGAAACCAGUCCCGCCCGGGAAAAGGUCAGGAGCUGUUCGACGAGUUUGCGUCGGCGUCCACCUGCGGGGGGGCGCUGCGUUCCUUCGGCCGGCUGUGCGAGCAGCUGCGCCUGGACGCGGGGCUCGCCGAACGACCGCUUUACCGCGCCAUCAGGCGGCGCCUGAGCUACUGGAAGGCCGACGCCCUGUGGAGCAAGUUGGACCGCCGGGCUUCUCGACGGGAGUACUCGCAGAACCGAGCCUGCCGCGACGCCACCUGCGCCGUGAUCGGGGCGGGGCCUUGCGGCCUUCGCACGGCGGUGGAGCUGAGCUUCCUGGGCGCUCGCGUCGUCGUCCUGGAGAAAAGGGACUCCUUCUCCAGGAACAACGUCUUGCACCUGUGGCCCUUCGCCAUCCAUGACCUGCGCGGCCUCGGAGCCAAGAAGUUCUACGGGAAGUUCUGCGCCGGCACCAUCGACCACAUCAGCAUUCGGCAACUUCAACUGGUUUUGCUCAAGGUAGCGCUGUUGCUCGGGGCAGAAGUUCACGUCAACGUAGAGUUCAAGCGCGUGGUGGAGCCGCCUACCGACCAGGGCUCUAGCGAGGUGGGUUGGACUCUGGAGGCGUGGCCGAAGUCUCACGUCGUCAACCGGCUGCGGUUCGACGUGGUCGUGGGAGCCGACGGUCACAGGAACACCUUGCCCGGUUUCCGGCGCAAGGAGUUCCGCGGGAAGCUGGCCAUCGCCAUCACGGCCAAUUUUAAAAACCGCAACACGCGGGCGGAGGCUAAGGUGGAGGAGAUCGGCGGCGUGGCGUCCAUCUUCAACCAGAAGUUCUUCCAGGACCUCCGUCGGGAAACCGGCAUCGACCUGGAGAACAUGGUUUACUAUAAAGACGAAACGCACUACUUUGUCAUGACGGCCAAGAAGCGCAGCCUGCUACACAAAGGCGUCUUCUUGCAGGACUUUGCCGACACGGAGCGACUUCUCUCUCGGGACAACGUGGACCAGAAGGCCUUGCAGGCCUUCGCCCGCACGGCGGCCGACUUUUGCACCGACGGGCAGCUACCGCGUCUGGACUUUGCCGUCAACCACUACGGCCGGCCGGACGUGGCCGUCUUCGACUUCACGUCCAUGUACGCCGCCGAGAAUGCCGCCGUGGUCCGCGGGCGGCGCGGCCACCGGCUGCUCGUCACGCUGGUGGGAGACAGCUUGCUGGAGCCCUUCUGGCCGACGGGGACCGGCGUCGCUCGAGGUUUCCUGGCCGCUCUCGACGCCUCCUGGAUGAUCCGCCGAUGGUGUCGAGGGGACCUACCUCUGGACCUCCUCGCCGAGAGGGAGAGCGUGUAUCGUCUGUUGGCGCAGACCACGCCGGAGAACAUGCGGAAAAACAUCGCUCUGUACUCUUUGGACCCGUCCAGUCGUUACGUCGACAUCCGUCCGAGCGUCACUCCCGAUCAGGUCAGACACCUGGUGGACUCGGGAGAGGCGGCGGGGCGGGACCCGGGAACGGGCGACCCGGGAACGGGCGACCUCGUCGACGCCUGGCCGGAAGAGGCCGUCGUUCCGGACGACGUCCGUUCGCGGCCGUUGGCGGAGUCCGAUCAGCUUCUUUUGUGGUGCCGCGAGCAGACGGCCGCUUACCCCGGCGUCGCCGUCGGCGACCUGACCGCGUCGUGGAAAAGCGGCCUGGCUCUCUGCGCUCUUGUUCACCGCUACAGACCCGAGCUCAUAGACUUCGACUCGCUCGACCCGGAGGCGGACCGAGAAAACAUCCGCUUGGCGUUUGACGUCUGCGAGCGAGAGUUGGGAAUUUGCCCCGUGAUGACGGUGGAAGAAAUGACUUCGGCGGGAGAACCCGACGCGCUGUCCAUGGUCGUCUACCUCAGCCGGCUUUACCAGCUGCUGCCGCGUGCCCCGCCCCCUCCGGCGCGGCGGAGUUCCGAGGCUCCGGCGUCGGCCGCCCCCCUCGGCGGACCGGAGCGGCAGAAUUCGAGCGCCAACGGACAUCGUCCAGAGAACGAGCGGACGGCGCGCCGGCGACCCGAGGAAACGGAGGACGUGGACGUCGGACGUCCGGACUCGCCCAACGCUCACGCGCAGACGGCGCACGCCAGCGACGUGUGUUUCUUCUGCCGCGAGAAAGUCUACGCGAUGGAGCGCGGGAGCGCCGAAGGUGUCUUUUUUCACUUUCGCUGCUUUGCGUGCCGGCUGUGCGGCGGCACGCUCAGAGUCGCCGCCUACCGUUUCCGCGCCGUCGACGGUGAGAUGAAAAAUGCGGCGACCAUCGACGGCCGCGCCGGUGCCGAGCGGCGGAAGUCGACGACCGGCCGCCGGGACGGCGGACGCCUCGCACGUCGCCGCGGUCGUCAUCGUGCUCCCGAGCCUCCGCGGAAGCGGAGUGUCGUCGCCGUCUUUCGGGUAAACCCGCCUCACGCCCCUCCCGGCGCGACCGGCAAAACUGUGCGUGCAGUAUUUUCAGUGACGUCGGUGACCCGCGAGCGAAUCGAGCUGGAGAACGACCGAGCGGACGAAGCGGAGGCUGGUGACCGGCGCCUUCAGCCCCGGGGGGGGUAUCGCGGGACGGCCGCUGACGCCGGCGGCUUCAGUUCCGAGUCAGGGUCGGAGGUGCCCGAUCCCGCCCGGCGGGAGGAGGAGCUUGGACGCGGCAGCGAGGACAAGGAGGAAGAAUCCAGCGACGGUCCGUCACGUCCGAGUCGUCGCCCCGACGGGUGUUCUCACCGACGAUCGCUCGCGGCGGGCGCCGCCGACGUCGCGACGCCCGGGACUCCGCCGGUCACCGCCGUCGACGAGGUCGACGACGCUUCCUCCUUCUUUUCCCCCUCGCCUUUUGAGAAAGAGAUUUUUCUGACGAAAACGGCGGCGGGAGGAGCUUUGCCUUUCUCUCUGAAGAAGCUCCUCCCGCUGCCCGCGGCUUACGCGGAGGGGGCGGGGCUAAGGGGACGUCUGCAAAAUGCAGAGUCGCCGCCCUCCCGUCGAGCGGAAGGAGCGGCCGGGGCUCUGUGGAAGGCCGUGAUCGGCAGAAACAAGAAAAAGGUCCGUCGAGCCGAGUCCCCGCCGGAGGACGUUGGCAGCGGAAGCUCUCCGGAGCUCGGAAAUGAGGCGAGACGCAAAAAAUCGGUCAGCGCGGACGAACGCGGAGACGUCGGCCUUCGCCGCGGUCCGGACACGGCGGCCGGACGGGAAAGGUCGAACGGGAAGGAGCCGGACGCCGUGCGGGUACGUCCGACCGGAGCGCCGGGAUCCGUCCGGACGUCGACCUCUGUCGCGCCGUCUCGGCCCGCGUACGUUCCUCACGCGCUCGCCUUCGAGCGAGCGUUUCCCAUCAAGGUAGAAGCGCCGCGCGCCCGCCCUCGCCCGGCCUCGCCCGAGCUCACCGCGUCCCUCCCUCAGCUCCGGCGCCGGCAUUUCCCGCAGCCGGCUACUCCCGGCGAAGGCGACGGACGCUCGUCCCGCGCCACGGAGGUGGCGGGCGUCCUUGUUCGGCCCGAGGAGCCCUCCGGCCUCAGCGUCCCGGAGAGCCUCUUCCGAGGUCUCCCCGCGGGCGGGCGGCCGGACCCCGCCGAGCGUCGUCGCCCGCGGGAGAGCGCCCGCCGGCGAGCCAAAAGGCGCCAGCUCAAGAGGUUGCGCAAAGCGCAGAUGAUCCAUAGGGAGCUGCAGCUGGCGGAGGAACAGCAGCGAUGCCUGGAGGCCGCCGGAGCGGCGCUGGAGAAACAUCUCAGGGGAGACGACCGAGGAGAGGACGUCGACGACAAAAGCGGCCUCAUGCGGCUCUGGUUCCGCCUGGUCCAGCGGAAGAACCUUCUGCUUCGGUACGAGUCGGAGCUGGCCAUACGCGCUCGAGAACUGCAGCUGGAAGACCGGCAGAGCGGCUUGCAGCGGGAGCUCCGAGAGAACCUGAGCCUGGACGACCGCCUGAAGGACGAGGAGGAGCUCGGGAAGGAGCGUCGCCUCCUGGAGGAGAUGCUGGACGUGCUGGAGCAGAGGAAGGCUUUGCUGCCCCUGCUGGAGGAAUUGCGAAAAAUGGACGAGCGCUAA